AUGCCUUGUCCGUUUUUGGGAUCGUUGAACCAGGCAUUCGUGAGGAACUACGGUUCCUCGCUGAUGAAACAGUACGGCAACUAUUGCCCGAUGAUUUCACGAGGAUUCCGUACUCUCGGCCAAGACGAGACAAAGUGUCCGUUCAUUCAGCAAAACUCGAUAAUAUCCGAAGCGCCGAAGGAGAUGACCGAGGACAUCGUGGAGACUGUCCGGCCGUACAAGUACGAGAAAUUCUUCAAUGAACAAAUCAGCGCGAAGAAAAGGGAUUACUCGUACCGCAUAUUUAGGAAGGUGUCGCGGUUAGCCGCCGAAGGUAUGUACCCGAAGGCGCUAGAAGGCCAAGAGAACCGUCGCGUCACCGUUUGGUGCGCUAACGACUACCUCGGGGCCUCCCGUCAUCCCGUCGUGCAGGACGCCGCUAUAUCCGCUAUCAAAUCGUACGGCACCGGCGCUGGAGGAACCCGCAACAUCGCGGGCAACUCCCAAAUGACUGAGAAGCUGGAAGGCGAAAUAGCCAAGCUUCACAACAAGCCCGCCGCCUUAAUAUUUAGUUCGUGUUUCGUUGCAAACGAUGCAACCCUAUCGACAUUAGCUAGGAUACUGCCCGAUUGCAUAGUGUACUCGGACGCCGGCAACCACGCGUCCAUGAUCCAGGGUAUAAGGAACAGCCGAGCGACCAAGCACAUAUUCAAGCACAACGACCCGAAUCACUUGAGAGAACUACUGUCUAAAUCGCCGGACGGCGUGCCCAAGCUGGUCGUGUUCGAAACCGUACACUCGAUGAGCGGGGCCAUUUGCCCCUUGGAGGAGAUGUGCAACAUCGCGCACGAGUAUGGCGCGUUGACGUUCGUCGACGAGGUGCACGCCGUCGGCCUGUACGGGAAGCGGGGGGCGGGCAUCGGCGAGGAGAGGGGGGUGCAGCACCUGAUCGACAUCGUGUCCGGCACGCUGGGCAAGGCGUACGGAAACGUCGGGGGCUACAUAGCCGGCUCGUCCCUGCUCAUCGACACGAUCCGUUCUCUAGCGCCCGGCUUCAUCUUCACCACGGCCCUGCCGCCGCCGGUCCUUGCUGGCUCGUUGGCCGCGAUCAGGCUGCUCGCCAGCGAGGAGGGCCGCAGCCUCCGCUCCAAGCACCAAGCCAUCGUUCGCUACUUCAAACUCUCCCUGCUAGUAGCCGGCCUGCCGCAGCUGCCCUCCGUGAGCCACAUAGUGCCGGUGCCCAUCGAGGGGGCGGACAAGGUGGCGCUGGUGGCGGAGUCCCUGAUGAAGCGGGGCCACUACGUUCAGGCCAUCAACUACCCCACGGUGGCCAGGGGCGAGGAGCGGCUCCGCUUCGCCCCCGGCCCCUACCACACCCCCGAGAUGGUGGACAGCCUGGUGGCCGCGCUGAUAGAGUCCUUCCACGAGAACAACAUUAGCUUCGACCAGUUCAUGAUCAACGGCGCCUGCCGCGAGUGCAGCCUCGAGUACAAGGUCGACAUGAUGAGGGACGAGCCGUUCAAGUUCCCGAUGCAGGCCGCG